AAACCGGGCCGAGGUAUGAGGAAUGUGGUACUCGAGGCCCGGCGGCUGAUAGCGAGUGAUACCGUUGAUAAGGAUGCAUCUGGUUGCCGCGAAACAGUCUCAACCGGUGCAGUCCCGCAGUGUUGGCCCGGCAGGAGCAAGCUUUCGCAGCGGGUCAUGUCGGCUUCCUCCGUCGGGGUGCUCCUGGCACUCUUCCUCCAUGCGUUGGCGCCGUUCGCGCCGUGCGAGGCGGCAGACGUCGCAGACGUCGCAGACCCCAGCUACACGCUACCAACGCUCAACGAGACCUACGCCUCGAACCCCCGAUUCAUCGCGCACGGCCUGGCACCCCUGUACGACUUGGUCGGUCUGUUCUUGAGGGGCAUCCAGCAAAAGGACCUGCUGCCGCCAGAUUUGUUGGUGGUAAACAAUGGCACAAUUGGAUUGAGCGAGAACAUUGACUACGGAAGCGUGGCCCAGUUUUACGUUGGGAUUCUGGCAGUGUUGGCCGUUGGGCUGGCAGUGGCUUUGUUGGCACCCUGCAUUGGCGUCCUGUGGUGCUGCUGCCGUUGUUGUGGGAGCAGCAAGCGCAGCGGACAACGACUCUACGAUGACGACGACGACGGCUCUGGCCGGAAGAAAAAGAAGCGGUCUGGCGGCCCGGUCUUGGCGCCACUCGUUUUGUCUCUCGUUACUUGCCUUAUUGUGGCUGGGGUCGCAAUUGCUUUCGCUGCAAAUGUUUACAUUGAAAAUGGCGUUGUGGGCCUAGGAAAGCAUAUCACGUCUGGUACCUCAGACAUAAGGCUUUUCAUCGACAACGCAGAGACGGAAGUUAACACAAUUCUUGGUGUCAAUUACAACGAGUUAUCAACGGGACUCAACAGCGUCCUUGAAGGUGCUAAAACAGAAACGAAAGGUAUUGUUGACGGUUUUGUUAGCUCCUUGCCUCUGGAUGAAAUAGACAAAAUGGUUUCCGGAAUCGAGACGAUACAGAAAGAUCUCGACGAUAUCAUUUUGAACAUAAAUGACUGCACGUCUUCUUCAAACGAAAUCGUUACGGAUAUAAAAGCUGUAAUAAAUGACCUGCAAAGCGUCUGCCAAAACCUUGGUCCAAAUUGUCCACAAGAGUUACAGGACUUUAUCAGCUCGUUGAAGACGCCUUCUUUUAAUCCGUUAACAAGUGGGGAUAUAGAAAAAAGUAUCACGGAUUUAUCGCAAAUAUUUACUUCGGAUUUCAAAACGCUGAUUACAACCGGUCGGAAACAAGUUGACAACAUAGGAAGCCAGGUCGAAAGAGUUAUGAACGAUGCAUCAACCGAAAUGAACACCAAAAUCAAUGAGACUGGGAAAGAUCUGCAACAGAGAGCCUCAGAGCUAUUACGAGCUGCUACCAACGCAAGUGACACGUUACUCCAAGUUGAUCAGGAAAUAUCACAUUUUCAAGAUCGGUACAGUGCGUCUUACGGCACUUUCAGGAUAAGUGGGUUUACUGCAUAUAGUGCAGUUAUACUCAUCAUAGCUGCCUUAAUUACACUGGGCCUGGUUUAUGGAAGUUGCUGCUCGAAAACUGCCUAUUCAUUCCUUAAUAUUCCUGUCCUCCUAAUUCUUCUUACAAUUUCCGUGUGGAUGCUUAUUGCACUGGUACUUUUCAUUGCUGGUGUCGCAACGGAUCGUGCAUGUGAAUUUCUACGAAAGCCAGGUGAUCAUCAGCUCACUCAUCUGGUAGACGAAUUGCUGCAAAAGUAUCGUGCAGAGAUAGCAGAAAGUUCACAGCUGCCUCCUUUGCACAGCAUCAAGUACUAUAUUGAGGAAUGCCGCGCAGACAAGACUAUGUAUGAAGUUAUUGAUCUUGACUCCACUAUUCAAAUUGACAAUAUCCUUCAGUUCGUCAAGAACUUUGACUUCACACCAUACCUUAAAACGAUUGACGAAAACGUGCAAAACGUAGUCAAUGUGAAGUUGCUUCCACAAGAUAUCCGAAAUAAAAUUGAAGACCUUAAAAAUUCGGACUUGUCUAAGCUGGGUUGGGACAGAGUAACGAAUGAGUUGGAUUCAUUUCAAAAGACAGCUCAACCACUAAGUGAAUCAAUAGCUACAUGGGCACAAACAUUAAGCCAAGUAGCAGCAAAUUACCCGGCGAUUGAUGUGAAAGAUCAGGUAUCAAAUAUAGAAGAAAUACUUAAAAAAGUGGAGAGUUUGCAAACCUUGAUUACACAGCUGAUUGGCUUGAUAAACAAAUCUAGCAGUGAUGUCAUGCUAGGUCACAAGUCUUUCCCAGAAGCACUGCAGUGGCUUCUAGACCAAGCGUCAAAUACUGACCAAUUGGUUGUUAAUACGGCUCCAGGCGUGACAAAACUUGCCAGUAACACUGCUGAAGGAUUCCGAAAAGAACUUCAAGCUUACUUGCAAUGGGCGGUCGACAGGGUGAAAUCGCACGCAUUAAAAUGCAAACCGAUCAUCAACAUAUACGACUCAAUGGUUAUGGGAGUGUGUGACGAGAUCAUUUCCCCCUGGAACGCGUUCUGGGCGAUGUCUGGGCUGUGCCUUCUUCUUUUUAUUCCUGCUGCGUUUGUGGCAAGUUCCUUAGCAUCUCACAAGUCCUAGUUUAUUAUUUCAAAGAUAAGACAAAAUUCUGUGAUUUAUAAAUUUUUAGUGAUAAUUUAUGUUUCAAAAAUAGAAGUGCCUUAGUUUUAUUUUUUGUAUUAGUAACCAAAUUUGUUAAAUAAUUUUGGGAUAUGAUUUUUUAAACAAAUAAAAAGAGUUUGCGGGUCGA